CUCCACCGGCACGACAAGGCAACAACGACAAGAAGAACCUCUUGAUAUGUUUGCCGUCCACAUGCAUCAUUGUCAUACUGCUUAAUGAUACCCUCGUAGGGACUCGCAUCCUACAUUCUACUCAAACUAUAUACGUUCCUAGUGCUGGCACCAUGUUUAUUCUUAACUUCAACAAGUGGCUCUUAGUUACCAUCUUUCCCGAUUUCUUCAAUAGUGCAGUACAAUCUCGUGUUAACGAGGCUGUCCUCAAAUUCCCAUGGAUCCAACGCUUCGCCUCAGUAGGCGACUCCUACUCCGCCGGUCUCGGGUCAGGAGACCGCCUCGACUGGCUAUGCUCGAGAUAUGCACAAUCAUAUCCAAACAUCCUUCAAACCUCUCUCCUCGGUGAUAACCCUAACCGAACACACCAGUUCCUCGCUUGCUCUGGCGCUACAAGCACCGAGAUCCUCGAAAAGCAGAUUCCUGCUUUGCAGGAUAACCUAGACUUGCUCACUAUGUCCGCCGGCGGAAACGAUAUCGGGCUAACACCUAUACUGAGUAACUGCGUAUACCAGUUCUACAUGUCAGCCGAAGACUCGUGCCGACAAGCCAUUGAUGAAGCGCGCACGAAGAUCGCGAAUGAAACGGAACUCUAUCAUAACGUGACACUGCUCAUUGAAGCUGCGAAGCCGAAGAUGAAUCUAGAACAUGGCAUUAUCUAUUACACAGGCUACGCAGGCUUUUUCGGCACUGACGACGAAACAUGCGACAACGUAACCUGGGCCGUCUGGAAAGACGUGGAAUGGACGAAACAAUAUCUCAAGCGCGAAUUGAGACUGGAACUGAACGAUAUGGUCCACAACGUCAAUACCAUACUAUCCAAAGCUGUAAGAGAUGCCGGCCCAAAUGUCCGUUUCAUCGACUAUGACGCCCACAUCUCUGCAGCACGCGGUCGGUACUGCGAAAAAGACGUCCUAGAACCUGAUCCCAAUCGCCUCGGUUUGACAUUCUACGAGUGGAACACCGUCGAUACAGGCGAGAAUAAGACUGCGCUACAGAACCGCACUGGCGACGAUGUACCUAAACACUCAUUCCAGGGUGGUAUCGCGAGGGAUAUCAAUAAGACGCUCGAGCAGCAUCCUGACUGGACAUUUGACCCUGACAAGGGAUUUGUGAACAAGACGAAAGGAGGAAAAGACGGAGGAAUAGAAAAAGAAGGAUGGUUGGGCGAUUCGAUCCAUUGGUUGUUGCCGGAUAGCUAUAAGAGAGUUUUCCAUCUGAGACCAAAGGGACAUGCGAUAGUGGCGAGGUUGGUGGUUGAGGAUUUGGAGAGGCAUGGGCCACGGCCUCAAGAGGGAGAGGUGGAGGAACUCUAAAUCUCAUCUUUCUGGGACUUCAGCACCAGCAAGCCAUUCGAAAGCCUCCUCAUCGCCUAGAAGUCCGUCCCACUCCCAGUCUUCAUUCCCUUCCGGGUCCCUUUCUGCCAUCUUUUUGUCAAUUUCCACAAUCCUAUCUCUUACAUCCAUCAAACACCUCCCUAACAGAUUCUCUCCCCAAGAAUCUCUGUACGUUUCUGCUUCAUCUGAUCUGUAUCCGAUCCCCCAGAUACGAUCUCUCCGAGCCGCUUCUGCUAUUUCUCUUCCUUGUGUCCCUAGCAAGACACUCUUCAUAUGUUUAUUCUUAGUAUCCGUAUACUUGUACCAAUUCCCCACUCUAGCAACCCUACUUUUCACUCUUCCCCAUUCAUUGAAAUCGAAGUUCU